GCUCUGUUCACAAUGUGGCUCUCCCUUAUCCCCUCAAUCAUAACUCCGGAUUAUACCUGGCCAGCACCCGCUGUUACUACAGUCCAAAGAGUAACCCCACCAGUGCCCGCCGUACCAGACGCCAAUAGCAGAUGGCUUCGGGGUAAAGCACAUGGUUUGCUCUACCACUUCUCACGGUGCUACUGCUACCUGUUCGGGUUAUAUUUUGACCCGCACAUUAUCCAGCUGCCGUUUGGACUCGUUCUAAAAUGGACCGAUCGGACGAGCGUGGAGGAGGUCAUUGCAAUGCAAAUGGCUCGAGCAGCUGGUAUUCCUGUCCCAAGAGUCCUCAGCUGCGGAGAGCACGUUACUCCUCACUUGACCCGAGAGGUCUCGAUACUCAUGACGAGACUGCCGGGCUUCAGUCUUGUGAACUCCGAUGAUCCCUUGGAGGUUGCUGACGAGGGUCCGUGGCUUGAAGAACUGAAGACUUGCGUCCACGCUAUGCGCGAGUGGGAGCCACCAAGUCAGGAUAUUAUCUGCUCGCCUAUCGGAACCGCCCUCCGCAGCUCGCGCGUCCCUGACCACAUCAUGGGUCCUUUCAAAGAUCACAAAUCAUUCUACCAGCACCUUUUUGCACCAGCAUCUCAGCAUGGUUUCAUAUCUGUUGAUGAUUACAAUAAUACAUUCGCUACUGCGAAGCAGUUACAACAGCGCCCUUAUAAAGUCAAGUUCACUCACGGAGACUUCAAAGCUCAUAACAUUCUAAUCAAUGAAGAUGGGCACUUGGCUGGCUUUCUCGACUGGGAAUCCGGAGGUUGGUAUCCCGAAUUUUGGGAAUACACGACAGCAAUGCGCUUCGGGAGAGACAGCUGGUGGUAUCAGGUUGCUAUGUGGAUGGGUGGUGAUGAGUAUCGAGAAGAGCUAGAAUCAGACAGAGCGUUGAACCUUUUGACGGUGGACUCUUACAUAGCUUUUUGAUUGUGCUGCAUAGACAGAAGGCCAGACGUAAUGAGUACUGUCCAGACACAGCCUACCAGGAAAAUGGUAAAUACGGGUCAUGGCACUCUUCAUGUUUUGUACGCUUGCCUUGUCACUAUCAGUCAUCAAAGCGAGAGUCCAGCCAUCGGCUGCCCGCGAGUUGUUCGAUGUCUCGGCGUGGAACGAGGCCUCUUUUUGCGUUUUUACACUCGGGACCCUUUUUUCGUCGUAUUCAUACCCUGCUAGGUAGACUUCUGGGAUCCAUGAUUAGCUAUAUCUUGGGAAUCUCUAUCUUCUGAUCUCCAGCCGACUUUAAUGUAAG